CAAGAUAUGUGACCAUCAUGGCAUGUGCGACUGCCACUGCUGGCAACACUGCUGUAUUAAGAUGUGUAUCUGGCAGUAGUAACCCAGGCACUACACUGACAUGGUCAAGAGAUGGUAUGGAUCAAACUAACACUAGUCCUCAACCAGACUCUGAUGGUAGCAAUGGAGGCAUCAUCACUACACUAGACAUCGCAACCAACGUGUUAACUAAAGAUGACAAUGGUGCUGUAUUCCAAUGCAGUGCGUCUAAUGAUGCAGUCACGUGUGGAGUCGACAUUGACGUCACUGAUUCAUGUACACUGAAUGUGCAGUAUACUCCUGAGUUUACUGCAGCCUCAGUCAAUCCCGUCACCCCAGUCAUUGAAGGUGGUGAAGUCAUCCUUACAUGUACUGCAGAUGCUAAUCCUAAACCUAGUAACUUCAUCAUGUGGGAGAAGCAAGACUCCCCCGGUACAGUACUUAGCAGUGUUUACAAUGAUGGAACCAGUACUCUAACAUUGAGUGAUAUCCAGAGAGAUCAAGCAGGGAGCUAUAGAUGCAAAGCUAACAACGGGAUACCAACGAGUAAAUCAGAUGUGUUUUCGGCAUCAGUGAUUGUCAAAGUACACUAUGAGGUUAAUGUCACCAACAAAGAGGACAAUGAGAUGGGUGUAAGGGAUAACAAUGAUGCCAACUUAACAUGUAAGGCAGUCGGCAAUCCAGCGCCUGUCAUGAUGUGGUUUGAUCCAGACAACGCUCUCAUUUCUAGCACCAGAAAUCCCGAUAAGUACGCAGUAGAAGAUACCACUAUCGGGGAUGACAUCUAUGGAUUCAUGGUGAUCAGUACCUUGACGAUCAAGAGAGUGGACUCACGAGUUGACUUUGGAGUUUAUACAUGUCGCAGUUCUAAUGGGAUCGGACAGGUGGACAUGCUGAUGGUAGUUGUUAAUAGAACAAGAAGACCAAAUCAGCCGUCCGGUUUGGUAUUGAACGGCCGUACUUCAAGCUCAAUAGCAGUAAGAUGGUCAGCUGGUUAUGAUGGUGGUGAGAAUCAGUGGUUUCAUGUCAGCCAUAAGAAGACUGCAGACUCCUCAGAGACAUUCAGCGAUAGGAUUGAUGGAGGGGUGACUACAUACAACGUGGAUGGUCUCGAGUCAUACACGGAGUACGAGAUCAAGGUCUAUGCUGAGAAUGACGUGGGGAAAAAUCCCAGUCCUGCCAGCGUAGUGGAAUACACAUUGCCUCAAGGACCAACAGAUAAAGGUUUAAUUAUUGAGUUUAACAUGGAUGCGGGCACAGUCAAGGUUACUGGAUUGCAAGGCAAAGGAUGCAUUCAGCUCGAGGUGAAGUAUGAAGGUGGCUCAUCAUACUGGACAGAGUGUGGAGGAUGUUUCACAACAGACUCUGAAGUGGUUCUAGCAGAUUGGUGUCCACAAACUCAGAAACGAAGACGGAGAGCUAUAGGGGAUGUGGAUGAAGUGCAGGCAAAGUAUUGCCAAGGGAGUGGCGAUAGUACACUCUGUAGUGAUCCAAUAACUCCUGAGGAGAUUUCAGAUUCGCCUUCUACUCCUCCCAAGGCCAUCAACCCUGGUGUCAUUGUCGGUGUCGUUGUCGGUGUCAUUCUGCUUGUCGUCAUUGUCAUUUUAGCUUAUAGUCUGAGGAGUAGACUUCAGUGUCAUAUUGAAGUCACAAGAAAGUCAUCCACGCAGACUAACCGUUCUGGCAGAAAUAAAACCGAUUCAGAUAAACAGCCCGUCUACCAAGAUGUUACAGAAAUGGUGACAAUCAGCACAGAACAGGACACAACGAUAUAUGCAAAUAUCCCAAAUGCUCAAAAAGCUUUUCAGAGGAAUAAGCUGCGUAUUGUGAAAGAGCUUGGACAUGGUAACUUCGGUAAGGUUCUCCUUGCACAAGCCGAGGGAAUCUUGGAAAGGUCAAAGGUUACACUGGUGGCUGUUAAAACGUUGAAAGAUGGUGUACCAGCAACUGAAAAGGAUGGCUUAGUAAGUGAGUUGGAGUUAAUGAAGAAGCUACCUGAACAUUGCCAUGUUGUGAAACUUCUCGGCUACUGCAUAGAAGAAGAUCCUCCUUACAUCAUUGUUGAGUAUCUAUCUCGAGGUAACCUGAAAGAUCUACUGAAAGACAGUCGCAGUAAAGAAGGGCGUGUCUAUGGAAACCUACACGGCGUCAGUAAAUCAUUCACAUCCACUGACCUUAUGAAGUUUGCAAGUAACGUGGCUGAUGGUAUGACAUUUAUAUCAUCCCAACAAUGCAUCCAUCGAGACCUGGCUGCCCGUAAUAUCCUCGUAGCUGAAGACAUGACUUGCAAGGUGUCUGAUUUUGGACUCGCUCGAGAUGUUAUGAACAUCAGGGUGUAUGAAAGACAGUCAGAUGGCUGUUUGCCUCUUCGCUGGAUGGCAAUGGAAUCAAUACUUGAUGACGUGUACACAACAGAGAGUGACGUAUGGUCCUAUGGGAUUCUUCUUUGGGAAAUUGUUACCCUUGGUGCCCGACCGUAUCCCGCCAUGCGUGCCAAGACGAUGAUCAAAGAGCUUCAGAAUGGAUAUCGUAUGCCCAAACCAAGCCACUGUCAAGAAGAAUUGUACCAAGUUAUGCAGAAAUGUUGGAAAGAAGAUCCAGCGGUUCGACCUGCAUUUAAGAUGAUCUCUCAAGAACUGAAAAAACUGGAAAACACAGGAAAGGACUGUAUCUCUGUCAAAGUCUACGAAGAGGGAGUAUAUGAGGUCACAAUCCCAGACGAUAAAUAUGAAAAAUUAUAGUCAGUCUCGUCAAACUGUUCUGGAUCUGGAUAUUUGAUUCACAACUCUCUUAGAGCCAAACGAGAAGAGGGAAGAACAUGGACAUUUAAGUUUUAGAUGUGGGAGAAAAACCAACGAGAAUUGCUCCAGAGAAAACCCAAGGAGGUACUCGGUUGUGGGACAAAGAUUUGCGUCCGGUGUUGGGGGGUUUGUGCUACAACAACGUUUUUUAAUUAAAUAAAUGAAUACUGGAAGUAAUAUAUACAUAUAAUUAUGUAAAAUGAUUCACACAAAUAUCGCUCGAAAUUAUCGUUUGGUUUUCCCUUUUCCUUUGUGAGCUAACUCUCUAUAUAUUAUUGGUAAAAUUUGUAUGAACGAUGUAAUCUCCUUAUUUUGUAUUUUAUUUUAUGAAAAGGAAAAAAGUCGUUUAGCGAAAACAAGCUUGCGAGUGCAGGUAAUAUUUGGCAUCGUGAGGAAAUAUGGCGUUAUUGUCCUACUAUAGGCGGCGUCAAAAUGUGAAAUGACCUUUGUAGAGUUGUCUGUGUAUUCGGUGAACUUUUCAAGAGUAAACUAUUCGUUCUGUAUUGUGUAUGUAUGGUCCUGCUGCCACAGUCUGAAAACCGAAUGACUUGUUUUUGUGCAGGAUGCUUUGCAGACCGGUCAUAUAAAACAAGCGGGGUGAACCUGACCCCGAAACCGGGAUGCACUUGCACCCGAAUCUGGCUCAAUUUAACACCCAAAAAUAGCUGCAUAUUUCAACCACAAACCCUAUAAUUUGUAAAGGCCUAAACCAGACAAAUUUAAGCCGGCCUCAGGUCGACCUUGCGUCAACAAAAAACCGUCGGCGACUGACUCUUCAGGAUUACACUGCUCCUGAGCUAACACCAUCGGGAACUUUUAAGACAAUCUGAAACAGUCGCCGCUCGAAAAAAUUAACAGUCGCAAGAGUAGAACAAUUUCAACUUGAACGACGUGAUCCCGACAGUCGGGAACCAAUCGCAGGCGCAUGAUUUCUCAGUUGUUGUGACCUGAGCAUUUGUCUGCGCGUUGCCGACGGUUUGUUGCGGGCGCAAGAAAAACGUAGGUCGACCCGUUGAGGCCGACUUCCACUGUGUUUUGUAGUAAUUAUAUUAAUAAUUUAAAAGUUGACAAAUAUAACACUCAAAUGAUACAGUUCCGCUUCACCCGAUAAAACCUCAGUCGGAAUUAUCAUAGCCUCCUGAAAUAGUGAGCGCCAUGGCAACCGGUCUAUCAAUAAUUGGUUGUCUGAACCCUUUCAAAUGUACCAUUGGAUCAAAAAUAGUUCCAAAAUAAUGGAGUUAAAACAUCUAUUCCAAAAGAGUGACUGUGACGAGUGAAAAUAAAAUUUAAAGCCCGCCAAACAAACUUCACGCGCAGGCAUCCACUUUGUUACUCGAUUUGCUAAUUCAAUUGCAACACAGCGUGACACAGAAACUCAGGAGUGUGUUUGGGACACCAUGCAGAAAGCGCAAAGUAUAGAUGGCCCCGCGGCCCGCCCGUACAUGCUGAACAGCCGUUGCUCUAGACCAAUAGGAAUGAAGAAACUGUCUUAUAAGAACAGGUGAAGCUCGCGUGUCACGCCCAUGUUUAAACACUUUUU